GUCCGAUUCAGGUUCUAUUUCCGAAAUCCGAGCGUUGCGUGGGAGACGCGAUCACCCAUACUAAGGGUAUUUCACGUUCAUUUUCUUUCUUCUAUGCGCCUACUAACUGUCCUCUCGUCCGCCAACGAACACUCCGUCCCCUCCGUAUUAGUGUCUCCCGUGCUACUUGCUACUGCGAUCGCAAUCAUCGCCACAACCACAACCAAGCACUUGUAAUAUUGUCGCUACCGCGAGCCCAUCGCUGCCAUGUCGCACGAGGCAGAGAAGCACCCUCUUCCGGGGAGCGACUCGGAAGACAUAACCGUAUCCAACGGGAGCAGCAUUGCCCUCGCAGGCGACAAGGUCGAGACCAGGGCCGACAGGAACACGGCUUCCCCAACGGAACUCGAGAAUGUCGCUGCGCCGAUUCCCGCUCCGCAGGGGGGCCCCGGCCCGCCACCCGACGGCGGCUUGGUCGCUUGGCUUCACGUGGUCGGCGGCUUCAUGCUGUUCUUCAACACGUGGGGCAUCCUCAACGCCUUCGGGGUCUUCCAGACCUACUACGAGCGGCCGGGAACGAUGUUCGACCGGUCGUCAUCGGAUAUUUCGUGGAUCGGCUCCAUCCAGUCCUUCAUGGUGUUGCUGGGUGGCGUCUUCGCCGGCCCCAUCUACGACCGGGGCUACCUGCGGGAACUGCUCAUCAUCGGCAGCUUUGGCAUCGUCUUCGGCCACAUGAUGCUGAGCCUCUGCUCUCAAUAUUGGCAGGUCAUCCUUGCGCAGGGCCUCUGCGUCGGCCUCGGCGCCGGUAUGCUCUUUGUGCCGUGCGUGUCCCUCAUCCCGACCUAUUUCACCACCAAGCUCGGUCUCGCCGUUGGUCUCGCAUCCUCGGGAUCCUCGGUCGGCGGUGUCAUCUACCCCAUCGUCCUAUCUCGGCUCCUAAAUACAAUCGGAUACGCCUGGUCGGUCCGCGUCAUGGGGUUCAUUGCCCUCGGAACUCUGCUCAUCCCGAUCGCCGUCAUGAGGAUACGAGUGAGGGCGCCGAAGCCCCGAUCCAUGAUCGACUGGUCUGCCUUCUCCGAUUUCCCCUACAUGGUCUUCACCGCCACUACCUUCAUCGGGUUCAUGGGUCUCGGCAUUCUCAUCUUCUAUAUCUCGUAUUAUCCGGAGGAGCAAGGGCUCACUGACGAGACUCUCUCCUUUUACAUGGUUCCCAUCUUCAACGCCGCAUCUUGCUUCGGCCGAGUCCUGCCCAACGCUUUAUCCGACAAAGUCGGCCCGUUCAAUGUCAUAGGUCCGUGCACGCUCAUCACUGGCGUGUUGAUGAUCUGCAUGAUGGCGGCCCACAGCAGAGGGGCAGUCAUCGCCGUCACGGCCCUCGCGGGGUUCUUCAGUGGAGUGUUCAUCGCUAUGCCCCCGGUCUGUUUCUUUCCUCUCACCAAGGAUAAGUCGAAGCUAGGGACCAGGAUAGGCAUGGGCUUCGGCAUAAUCGCCGUAGGCCUGCUGAUCGGUAGCCCAAUAGGCGGUGCCAUCCUCGGCGGGACAAAGCCGUUGCGAUGGGCAGGCCUAUGGGGAUUCGGCGGAGGGGCAGCCACCCUCGCCGGCCUUCUGUACACCGCCCUAAGAAUCUACCGGUCCGGUAUCGCGCUCAAUAUAAAGGCCUGAGUUGAGAUAGCCCAACUAGGCUGAAGUUCCUAAGUCUGCCAUAGGUAAUUAAUAGACAAUUUACCUAGCAUGUUAUUAAUACGAAAUUAGCUGCGGCACAGAUGUUUCCUUGGUAUGGGUAUACUCUCCAACGCCCAACUCUUAAGAGAGGCCGGUUCCGAUCAUAUCAGGA